CAUUAUCUGCCCGACAGACAGUCGUGUUCCGACAGAGCUAUAGAGAGGUUGUAGGAUGAGAUCUUUGUGUGUUUUACUACUACUCAUUGGGAUUUCCAGGCAGUGCUUGCCGGCCAAAGCAGAUGGCAGCAAGAAAGUCUCCUGCAAGGAUGAGCAGGGCAACGAUGUGGACUGGUGGCAUUUGUACAAGCUCCCCAAACAUUACCAACAAAACGAUCUGGGCAAAGAUGUGAGUGGCCUGAGGUAUCUGUAUGUCACGAGCAACAGCUACGACAACUGGCAGCUGUCUGGCAAGAGGGUAGGCGAUGCCGACUCCCUGCCCGCCCAGACGAUCAACGCCUUGAAUGUGGAUCCCACACACACACUGCUGGCGGCCUACAACGAUCAGUGGCCCAAUGGCACUGUCUUUAGCACCGGCGGCCACGCCAAGGGUCUGGUGGGAAGCGAUGGAGAGACGGGCGUGUGGAUCGUACACUCAGUGCCCAAAUAUCCCACCCUGCCGGAGUACACGUACCCCACAACGGGUGAGCAUUAUGCCCAGAGCAUGCUCUGCAUCACCGUGAAGGCCGAGGAUCUGGAGAAGGUCGGCCAGGUGCUGGUCUACAAUGAGCCGCACUUCUACUACGAAAGGAAUCCGCUGCUCCAGAGAUCGGAUCUGCUUUUCCCCAGCCUGGAGAGGGCCAUGCACGGCCAAUGGCGCACCGAAGCGCCCUUCCAGACGGAUCUGGAACUCCGUUCCUUGGACGGCAAGAAGUUCCGUUUGUUCGGCAAGAGCGGACGCGCCAAUGUGGAGCUCUAUGCGGAUGUGGUGGCUCCUGCCUUGGAUGUCAGCCUCUUUGUGGAGGCUUGGCGCGAUGGGGCCGGCAAUCUGCCCAAUCGCUGCGGAAGCAACGACAAGGUCUUCAACGUGGAAUCGGUCGCCAAUCUGGAGCUCUCCGUGGACUUCAAGACCACCCAGGAUCACUCCAAGUGGGCGGUGUCCCGCCCCUCAGGCAUUUUGCUGUAUCAUUGGCGUGUGGGCGGCGGCGAUUGGAUCUGUGUGGGUGACAUCAAUCGGCAGGAGACGCAACUGAAACGUGGCGGGGGCACCCUGUGCCACAAGAGCUCAAGGGUCUCGAAUCUGUACAGGAAUCUCGUGGCCAAUUAUGACAAGUGUGCGGAGGUGUAGUUGGGGAACUUAAAAACGAUUGUGAGCUAUGUACUCCCAUUAUUCCGAUUGUAAUGUAAACGAUUUUCAGAUAAAUAUAUAUUUUAUACAUC